AUGCCGAGCAGCUCUAGCUCCCCACCGACGGACGGCGAGGAGGAGGGGGAUGUCGUUGCGGACGACGAGCGGGAUGGAGAGGGGGAGACCGUCAUCGAGGAGGAGGCCGACAUUGGCCACGAUGGCCAGGACGAGGAGGAGGAGAAGGAAGAAGAUGAAGAUGCAAGGUGGGCACGGCUGGAGGCGGAGGAGGCGGCCGAGGAGGCAGCGGCAAGGAAGGAGGCAAGGGCUCGGGCGAGGGCGGAGGCUCAUCAUCCGUUCACGGAUGACAGCGAAGACCCCAAUGACAACUCGCCAGAGGGGGACUCAAGCUCGUCGGACGCGUCGACCGCCAGUACCUCUUCGCGGGAGGUGACGAGCAGGACGAAGCGCCUCUAUGAGGAUGACGAGGCGGGGACUUCAAAGAAGAAGUAG